AUGGACCAACAACCGAAAGUUGAGGCUCGUGUUGACAGAUCAUGUCUACACCCUCGUGGAAAAUACACUGUGUACAGGGUUGUCAUUCAACGACAGUCGUCAUGUGGCUCAGACGAAAUAAUUUUAUUCAAGCGUUUCAGUGACUUUCUCAGACUUCGUCAUCAUCUGAAUGCGGUUCACAAAGCCCUUGGCUACAGAGAACCGCUCCCCCAACUACUGAAUGGGAAGUAUUUCGACCGUUUCCAGCCAUCAGUGAUCGAAACACGUCGCCAGGCUCUGGACGGCUUAAUUAAAUUUAUCGCCUCCAACGAUCACCUCUACUGCCACACUCACUUCACCUUAUUCGCAGCUGGGGGCCUCUCAGUUGAUCUAACAUCGAACCAAGGUCUUUCUUUUUUGCCCCUUGACAACAAAUCGUCUAAAUCCCAAGAAAUUCGACCGACGCCCUCUUUAAACGUGCAGUCUCCUAAACAAUUGCCCCUGAAGCCGCCGAAAGUAAGGAAGGCGACAGCAUCAGAACACUUCACGUCCCCUCUUUCUAGUGACACUGAGAGCGAUCUUGAGGGUGACUCUUUACUGCUGGUUUGGGAAUGCAAUGCAUCUCAGUCUACAAACAUUGCAGAGUCUAUUCAAGCGGCAAAGAACAGCACCCUCAAGGGCCGCUGGAUUGAUGCUUUGCGAUUAUACAAAGACGCGAUUUCUGGGUUAACUACCGAGCUGAAAUCGGAGUUGAAUGGUGCAGAUAAGAAAGAGGAAUAUCGAUGCUUAUUGGCUGCCUGCUUAGCAAAAGCCGAAUUUAUUCACGGGGAAUACCUCUCGCGUCCCGCUCCUCAGUGCACUAAUGAAGAGAAUCAAAGUUGUCAUACUUGGAUGAAAUCGCCAAAACUCGCAUCACUUUGUCAAGAUCCUGUGCUUUUGACUUCAUUCGGAUCCACAGAUGAACUACGUAAACUGAAGAUUUGCGAGGUAGAAGAACAAGGCCUUGUAGUGUGUGAUCGUCUUGAUAGCUUGGUGAGGUAUUCACUAAAGUCCCGGUGCGCUCCAUCGACCCUCAAUGGCAGCUUUCCCCAAAUCCGUUCAGCGACCUUGAACGGUCCCGCGGCAGACUGCAUCCUCCCCGUGGGGUCGGUUCCCUUCAUGUGCCGCUUGCGUCGGCUAAUCGAAACAGAAGACCGGAUUUUCUUCCUGACGGAACGCACCAAAGGCGAACUCCUCUUAGUUGAUUGGCUAAACACGUAUCUCGAGCGUCGAGUAGCCUCGCUUAUGUCGACUGCCAAACAUCGAGGCCUCAACAGUGCCAUGCGACAUCUUAGUUGGUGCAAGAGGGUGUCGAUUCGAGUCCGCCACAUGACCCUCAUUCACCUGCAGGAAUUUAUCGAUGACAGCGCUUCUCCACGGUGCAUGAGUGACGCCAUCUCUCAAGGCUCCAACAGCCGAAUCAGCGGAUCCUCUGGGUCGUUGAAUGCUUCGAUGGAAGCAUUUCGCUCAUCUGUUUCGCCAUCCAAACGCCCCGUUACCGAGAAACUCCUGUCAGACGAGAUGUUUGACGUUUCCUCCUCUGUCACACUCGAGGCCCUCAUGAGCCGGUAUCCGCCUGGUUUAGUGACUCGUGGAUCACGCAGUCGAUCUGCCGAUCGUCUCUCGUCACCACAAGAAUGGAUAGGUGCAGAUGAUGUAGACUACAACAUCCUCCAGUCAAAGCAGCGCGAGGAGCCUUUGCUACCUGAGCGUAGAGUUCUUCAGUGGGCUGCUGAGUUGGUGUCGGUUGUGUCGUGGCUCCACGCACGAGACAUCACAUUAAGGCACCUAACUCGUUCGCGUGUAUACCUUGCACAAGGUGGACACAUCGAGCUUGACUACUUCUUUCGGUGGCCUACGUGUAGCGACAGACCACACCGACACCGCGACUACUGCCAUUCUCCAGAAGUGCUCCUUGGACCCUUGACUCGCCACUUCCUCAGUGGAAUGUCGUGGGAGACGGACGUCGCUUGUGACUGGUGGUCUGUCGGGGUGAUCCUCUACGAACUCUUCACGGGUGUGCAACUCCACGAGAGCCAUCCUAGCGGACUCUCAUCGGUGACGCCUUUGGAAUUGCCGCCCACGUUAUCGUCUGAUGUAGUGAACCUUUUGGUUAUGCUGCUGAAACUGAAUCCUGUCGAGCGGUUGUCUGACACAUCAGUGAAGUCGCAUCCACUGUUCGCGUCAGUUGAUUGGGCCAGCAUAGAAAAUGUCACGUGA